AUGUACGGGCUUCAACAUGGCAGCACAGCCUUUGAGUGCAACAAGGUGCUAAGCAACUUCGCCAAAACCCGGGAAUGGAAGUCGGCGCUGUCUUUGUUGCAGGCUGCGAAGGAGAAGCACCUCCGACUGGACAUCGCCUCCUACACCUGCACCAUCAAUGCUCUGAGGGCUACUGCUGCAUGGCAGCUGGCCUUGUCUCUCUUGGAGGAGACUUCUGCAUGUCGGCUCCAACGAAAUUUGAUUGCUUUCAGCUGCACCCUUGGUACCUGCCAGCGGGCUUCGGAGUGGAUUGCUGCUCUUAAUCUCCUCCAGCAGGUAGACGAGGAGAAAUUGGAGAGCGAUGUGGUGAUCCAAAGCGCUGCGAUGUCUGCCUGCUCCGAAGCUUCCGCUUGGUCAUCAGCACUGUUCAUCCUUGACUCCCUGCGCUGUCGCUCCACAGACAUGGAUCAAGUGAUGUUGGGCACCGCUAUCCGUGUGUGUGGCAAGGCCUUUCUAUGGCAAGCCGCCUGGGCCUUGCUAUUUGAGGCGCAGGCAGCGAAGACAAGAGCAAGCUUGAUUGCUUUCAACUCGGCACUCGAUGCGUGUGAGAAAGCGGCUAAGUGGCAGCAGGCUUUGCAGCUUCUCGGCGAAAUGAAGCGACUGCGCGUUGAUCCGGACGUCGUCUCCCAGAAUUCGGUGAUCUCGUCGAUGGCACUGGAGUGGGAGCAGGCUAUGUGCUUGUUCCGUGGGGUCCAAUGCCCAGAUGCCAUCACAUACACCACAGCCAUCAGUGCUUGCGCUGCUGCUGCACAGUGGCAAGUCGCAUGUUCACUGCUCCGAGCGUCAACUCUCCACCACCCCAGCAUUGUCACCUACAAUGCUGCAGCCAGCGCUUGCGCCAAUGGGGGCGCCUGGCAGCAGACACUUCAAGUCCUCCACCUUGCCCAAGAGGAAGGUUUGGAGUUGGAUGUCGUGUCCUUCAGCACGGCAAUGAGAAGCUGCAGUCGGUCUUCGGAAUGGCUGCAAGCCUGGCUGCUUUGCCAGGACCUCUUCGAACAGACCCUGGAGCUGGAUACCAUCACAUACAGCACCAUUUUCGAGACCUUCGAGGCUGCUGACAAGUGGGAACCCGCCUUGCAGCUCCUUCAGCACGCCCAAGCGAGCAGCUUAAGGGCCGAUCCAAUCAUGUAUGGCUCCGCAGUGAGGGUUUGUCAGGCCGCGACACAGUGGGAGCAGGCCCUUUGCCUCUUGCAGGUGCCAAAGCAGCCGACGGAGGCCAGCUUCGUAUCGGCGAUGAGUGCCUGCGAACGAGCUUCUUCCUGGACCGCUGCGCUGCAGAUCCUUGAGGACAUGAGCUUCGCCCAUCUUGGGCCCAAUCUCAUCGCCUUCAAUGCAGCGCUGAGUGCCUGUGCCAAAGGAUCGCAGUGGAUGCAGGCACUGGUCUUCUUCGAGCGCCUUUGGGCG